AUGGCGUCCGAAACCUCCCCGCGAACCGUCCGCUUCUCCCAGCCCGACGGCGACGACCACCAUGGUCGCCCGGACAGAUCCGUGAACGGGACCCGCCAGCAAAACCCCAUAUCGUCCGACACGGACAUCUCGGCUUCGACCGGGUCCCUGGGUUCCACAGGUGACCUGCUCUCAAGCCCACAUCCGGGAGAUGACGACCAGGAUGAUGACCAGGACGACGACCUCGCUUCCCUAGGCCGCUACGUCGAGUCGACAUCCAACGCCCACUCCCAUCCUCAAACCACCUCAGCCCCGAAUGGCCCCAGCAGCCGACAGCGCAGUUCAGGCGAGUCCUCUUCAUACUCUACCGGCAAUAGCAACACCUCGCGGCCCCAGCGUCCUACUGGCCCUGUUCGAACACCGUCAAGCACAUAUCAGCCCUAUGCCCAACGUAGGCCUCAACAGUCAUCUCAACCGAGCUACAUGAGCAGUAGCGGGGUUUCGCAUGGUAAAGAAGUGCUUCGCCCGCGCGGAAUGGGCUCAGCUACCUUUCGCAACCAAGAGCGCGAAUACAUCAGGAGACUGCGGCAGCAAUUAUAUCGUAACGACUACUUUGAUACCUUUACCUCAGGAGACCACGACUCAGACUCGGAGGGAGAGACCCCCUCGUCUGAGGGUCCAUUUGACAGCUACGAGGACGCUCACAUCAUGUUUGCUGCCACCGAUGGAGGUCAGGUCACCGAGGAGGAUCUGAGGAUUCCCUCGAAUCUCGAGCGCCUGGAGUGGCAUUGCAUGCUAGAGACCGUAUUAACGGGCGACGUCGUGCGUCAGGAGAAGAAGCGCAUCAUAGACUCUACGGACGGCGAGCCCCCCGAUAGUCCACAGAAGAGACAGGAGCUGUGGAUGGGCGUCCGGGCCCGUGCCUGCGGUCGUCGGCUAAAUGUACAGAAGAAGGUGAUUGAGGAGGCUCGCCAAGGCCUGGAUACCGCCGUGAACGAGGUCAUCAACUUCACGAUUGCCGGUGAGCGUGUUGCCGGGAAACCGCCCGUUGAGCAGGUUCGUGACGCCCUGGCCAAAAUUGACAAGAUCGAGGCCAUGUUUCCGUCACACAGGGCUCUCAAAGAGGCUCUCAAACCCGUAACCUACCAGUCCUACGUGGAAACGUGCGACGCACUCAUCUCGUGGUACAACGUCAACGAGAUGAUCAACACGCGCCUGGCUAUCCUAAAGAAGUGGGUUGGUAACGAGGAUCUCGAUUUUCAGCGGCCAAAGGACUCGUCGCGCCAGGGCAAUGGCCUGGGCGACGAGACAUCUUUCCUCGACCGCCUCAUGAAGGAAGAGGGCCUCAAGUCACUGCACGAAGACAAUGGCGAAGACGGCAAGCAUCUCAAGCGGAAAAGCAUGCUGGACGGCAUCUCCAUGGUCAUCGCUAAGGCUAAGGACACGCUGAUUCAAAAUGCAGAGGCCUUUCAGAAGCGUCAUUUGCCGCCGUACAUCGAGGAAUUGCUUACCCUCAUUAGCUUCCCGUCGCGGUUGAUUGAGGAAAUUAUCAAGGUCAGACUGGAGUAUGCCAAGAAGAUGAAGGAGUCAGUCCAGCAUAACCACCUAAUGCAGGGCCAGAUGAUCUCGCAGUUUCAGGUGCUGCUGAAGCUGGCUAUCAAGAUCAAGGCGGAGUACACCACUAUUUCUCAGCCGGAGCCGGGCUGGGAUCUGCCCCCCUGCAUCGACGAGGAUUUUGACCGUGUCGUGCUCGAUGCGCUCAAGUACUACUUCAAAAUGCUCAACUGGAAGCUCAGCGCCAACAAGAAUACCUUCAAAGAGGCUGAGCUUUUGCUUCAAGAAUGGGGCUUCUGCAACGAGAUCGGAAGCCACCUAUCUUACGGCGAUGUUGAGGUAGCCGAGCAGUUUAGUGGGCUGACCUACAAGGCUUUCAACCGCCUGAACCAAACGUUCGAGAAGGAGCUUCAGAAGAGAGCUAAGGAGUCCGUGACAGAAAUGGGCAAGCGGUACAAGCAGACGCUUGACUCUGUGCGGCUGCGCCAGCGUAAGCUGCAGCGCUUCUCGAGGAUGCUGAGCGAUCAUUAUGAGAAUGCUUGUGACUUUGCCGUGGCGUUUGGGCCGGAGAGGCUGCAGGAGCUUUUGGAAAGGCUGGUUGAGUCGGGGCAUUUUCAGAUCAUUACCGGCAAUUCGGAGCAUGAUGGCGUGCUGAUUAUUGCAUCGCCGUCGCUUCGGAAUCGUGAAUCGGAGAUUCAGCGGCUAAUGAGCACCUUCUCGUAUGAGUCUGUGUCUGAGGACCCGACGGACCCUUACAUUCUCAUCCUCAAGGCCGAGCAGCAACCUGCGUGGUUCGGUCCUAGAUUACACUUACCUGUCCGCGAAGUACCUCUAGAUAUCAAGCUUGGCCAUCUCCGGCUCAUCGCUGGAGGCUCACAGUCGCGUCUCACCAACGCUAGGAAGGCCUUCCUCGACAACGUCGACAUGCACAUCGAUCUUGUCGUGGAGCAGCGGUCUAACCUUCACAAGGUCAAUAUGCGCAUGAUGGAGAUCCGGAAAGUCGCCUUCAAGCUGUCCAACGCCUACAUGGACAGCGUCGAGACCAUCCGCCGCCAGACCAAGGGCCAGAACCUCCAGGAGCUGAUCCAGACCUGCUUCAUCUUCGCCACCGAGUUUGGCCAGCGCUCCCUGCUGCUCAUGGACAACAACCGGCGCACGAUGAACAACAUGAAGCUGACCAAGCUUGCGCUAGACUGGGUAAAUUUUAUUUGCGAGGAUUGCAUCGCUAGUGACAGGAAGACGUUCCGCUGGACGGUGCAGGCGCUUGAGUUUGCCAACCUCAUGACCAGCGGGCGGAAUAUCCUCAUGCUCAGCGACGACGAGUGGGUCCGGCUGCGUGCCAACGUGGCAGGGUGCAUGGCACUUCUGAUCUCGCACUUCGACAUCAUGGGCGCGCGGUCUACCAUCGUCGCGGCCCAGGCCGAGCGUCAGCGCGUGGGAGAGCUUAGGGCGCAGCUCGAGCGGCUCGGCCAAGGCCAGUUUGUGGACGACGAGAUGUCAGCCAAGAUUGUGGAGCAGCGCCGUUUGGGGGAGCUCGCGGAUAUCGAGGAGAAACGCAAGCAGAUACUGCUCGAGCGCUCAGCGAUGGGCCGCGUGCUGGAGGUGUCGAAUGAGAUUGAUCGGACGCUGGCCUGGCUCUCGUCCACGGCGACGAACUUUACCAUGCGCUGGCAGCAGGGCAAUUUUGUGGGUGGCGGGACCUUUGGCAACGUGUAUGCGGCUAUGAACCUCGACACGGGCCAGUUGAUGGCUGUCAAGGAGAUUCGGCUGCAGGAUCCGAAGUUGAUCCCCCAAAUCGCGACGCAGAUUAGGGACGAGAUGAGGGUGCUGGAGGCGGUGGAUCAUCCGAAUGUGGUGUCGUACUAUGGGAUUGAGGUCCAUCGCGAUCGGGUGUACAUGUUCAUGGAGUACUGCUCAGGCGGGUCGUUGGCAAAUUUGCUCGAGCAUGGGCGCAUUGAGGAUGAGCAGGUCAUCAUGGUUUAUGCGCUGCAGUUGCUGGAGGGUCUGGCCUACUUGCAUGAGGUCAAGAUUGCCCAUCGGGAUAUAAAGCCGGAGAACAUCCUCCUCGACCACGACGGCGUAAUCAAAUACGUCGACUUCGGCGCAGCAAAGCUCAUCGCCCGCCAGGGCCGCACCAUGAUUAACCAGGACCUGACCUCCACUAAGCCCAACAAGUCCAUGACCGGCACCCCGAUGUACAUGUCGCCCGAGGCCGUUAAGGGCGAGAACACGGGUCACUUCGGCGCCGUCGACAUCUGGUCCCUAGGCUGCGUCAUCCUCGAGAUGGCUACCGGCCGUAGACCCUGGUCAAACCUGGAUAAUGAAUGGGCCAUCAUGUAUAACAUUGCGCAGGGGAAUGCGCCGCCGCUGCCGACAACGGAUCAGCUUUCGCCACAGGGGAUCGAUUUCCUCAAGAGAUGUUUUGAGCGGGAUCCUGCCAAGCGCGAUACGGCGAUGGAUCUGUUGCAGCAUGAAUGGAUCAUGACCAUCAAAAAUCGGGUCGUGGAUCCGCCGGCUACGCCGAGCAGUGAGGCUAGUGCGAUGCUAGGGGGUCCUGCGGGAGGAGGAGGAGGACCGGGGACGGCGUCGAUGAAGAGUGUGGUUUCGAUUGAUGGGUCAGGACCGCAGCCUCCGUCGGGACAGGUGACGGGGAUGGGGACGGGGAGAAGCGUGCAGCUUGAGCCCGGACCUCUGCUGAGGAUGGAUCAAGUGGGAACUUGA